UUUUUCGAUGCUUCUUCCCAGACUUUUUUUUCCUCCUUUUUUGUGCGGUUUUCUUUUUCUUUUUUUUUCCCCUUUUUUCGCUCAGGCCGCUGUAAUUUCUGAAUCUGUCCUACUUGUAUAUGGCGGAUGAAAUUUUCCACUGGAGGAAUCGCACCGCAAAGCCGCUGAGCACGGCGCAAAUGUGGAUCUGUUAGCACCAACCUGAUCUAAAAAAAAAAAAAAAAAAAUUACGCCAUUACUCUUUAAGUAAAAUGUAACGUAGCGAACCUCGGAGGAGGAAAAACGGGAUCCCGGAGGAAAAAAUUGGAAUUUCUCAUAACUAAUUCACAAUUUUUUUUUUUCUGGAGGAAGCGGUUGUGUUCAGUCUCCUCGGUCAGGAGGAAGAAUUCUGGAGCGGGAGCCGCAUCGUUUUUGGAGAAGCACAGACUCUGAGGAGGUGGAGUAAUGAGUGCACAAGAAGCCCCCAAUCCUGGGCAAGAGCAGGCGGAUGCUGGAAAUGCAGCCACAGAAGGCCCCUCACCCACUUUACCCUCAGCCACCAAGAGUACAUCCUCAACGACCAGUCCACCACCUGUUACAGUAAAGAAAGAGCCUGGCACCUCAGAGACGAGUAAUGGGAAAGUUGGGGACACCAACCCUGCUGAGAUCUGUGUUGUCAUUGGAGGCAAUGAUAGCAGAGGAAGUGGCAGUGGUUCCUGUAGACCUGAGACUGAGGGGAUUUUUGCUCUUGGCACACCUCCUCCAACAAAAAGCACAGACUCAUGCAUAGGUUCAUAUGUAUGCGGCAUAUGUGGGAAGAAGUACAAGUAUUACAACUGCUUUCAGACACACGUUAGGGCACACAGAGAAUCAGAGAGCAUGGUUGUAGAUGGCAUACCCCAACCACCCAACAGUAGCUUCCGUUACUCCUGUGAUAUUUGUGGCAAGAAGUAUAAAUACUACAGCUGCUUCCAGGAGCACCGUGACCUGCAUGCAGUUGAUGAUCCAUAUGAACAGGUUGUGUUACCUGUGGAUGGCCUUAAAGAAGAGGAGCCAGUUGAGCCCUAUCACAAAAUUGGACCAAAAACUGGGAGCUAUGUCUGUGAAUUCUGCGGGAAGCAGUAUAAGUAUUUCAACCCCUACCAGGAGCAUGUUGCUCUUCAUGCACCGAUUGGUCGCACCUUUGAUUUGAAAGCACCACGUAUACAAGAGUGUGGGAGUAUGGAGAUGAGUAAAUACGGCCACAGUCAAACUGGGAAGAUGAAAGACAGUCCAUUCAAUCGGAAAGUGGAGAGUGCAGUGCAGUCCAGUCUGGUUGACACAAACAGCUCGCAAAAUUCAAGCGGAACACCGAGCCCUCUGGUGGCGAGCUCCUUCACUACAUCACAGAAGCCCUACACUUGUGGUACCUGUGGAAUCCAGUUCCAAUUUUACAACAACCUGCUUGAGCACAUGCAGUCCCAUGCUGUCAAAAUAAAGUUUGAAAAGAAGGAUGGCAAGCUUAUAUAUUUUAUGGCAGACACAGAGAGGCUAACGGACAAUGAGAACCACACCAAAGGGGACUCUCCAAAAACUCCUUCAGCCCCUGGUCCUCAGGACCAGUUGUGGAGGGCUUCCCAGACACAAGGCCAGACCCAGACCCAGAUCCAGGCUCAGACACACUCCUCAGUGAAACUCCAAGUACAAGUCCACCCUCAGACUCACCUUCAGAGAAAUCACAGUAUCAGUCAGAAUAAUGGUCUACCUGAGAAAGAGCGGCAGCAAGUGGCAGAGCGGCUCCUGCGUGUAAUGUGUUCAGAUUUGAACAUGGUCAAUGUGCUCAACAGCAAGGACUUUCUAAAGCUGGCCCAGACACUGGUGGAUACGGGUGCUCGUCAUGGUGCAUAUUCCACCCGUGAUGCCCUUGGCAACAUGAGUGCCUUGGCACUGCGUCAGCUGCCCCGCAUGUACAACCAAGUUAAAGUCAAGGUCACGUGUGCACUCGGCUCCAAUGCUUCACUUGGUAUUGCUGUCACCUGCCAUUCCCAGACUUCUGGUCCAGAUGCUUGUUAUGUUCUAACAGCCUACCAGGUGGAGGGGUCAAGACUGAAGCGAUACGUGCUAGGUGUGAGGGAGGCUGAACUGAGGGAGGGUCCUGAGCAGGUUCAUCACUGGGUGCAGAAUGUGCUGUCAGAGUUUGUGAUGUCAGACAUUCGCACUGUGUAUGUUUCUGAGCCCAGGGUGUGGGCAUCAGGAUUUGGGGGAUCCCCACUUGGAGGUGGUGGGCGGGGCAGGAUAUGCUUGCGUUGUGCUGGGUGUUCUCUUGGUUCAGUAGUCCAGGCUGUCCUUGGGAAGCGUAGCCUCCAAGCACGAGGGCUUCAUGAGCUGGCUGAGCUCUUGUCAACGUGCCGAGAUAUCGCUUCCUCCACCACCCUGGCUCUUCGUGAGGAACAAAGUACUAACACAUCCACAAGCACCACCGAUGAUGGUUCACAAGGGAACCUUGCGCAGUGCCCCACCCCUCCUUGUUGGGAUCGUAUGGCUGAAGCUCUUUUGCAGGUCCAUGCCCAUUUUGAACAGAUCUGUGAGGCUUACGGACGCAGUAAGUCCACAGCUCCACUCCUCCAAGGUCUCAACAAGCACUUGUUGGGCACUCUGGCUUGUCUGUUGGCACCAUUGCGCCUGGCAGCUCUGGAGCUCAGCAGCCAGAGGAGACCGACCCUCCAGCAGGUGUUACCUGUCUACCUACGCUUGGAGAAGUUUUUCACAUCUAAAGCUGGAGAGGCUGGAACUGGUACCGCUAGCAAACUCUGCCACUACUUCCUAGAAGCCCUCAAAGAAAACUUUAAGGUUGAGCGAGCGCAUCAAGUAGCCAUGGUUCUUGACCCACAGUUGAAGCUACGUUCAGUGGCAGCCUACCAGCAUGAGGACAUCAUCUCACGUGCAUGUGAAAUGGCUGCUGACUCGAGGGAUGGCGGCAUAACUACUGGCGGGGGAUCAGGUGGUGACGAGAGGGAAGCUGAUGGUCCUCCAACCCCAAAAAUAAGUCGCGUAGAAGGAGCUGGGAACAAUGUUGGCACCUCAAGGGGGGCAUCAACUUGCGGUGUGUCUGGUAAUGAUGAAGGUCAGAAACAAGUUAGACAAGAGAUUUUUCAGUACCUGGCCGAGCCGCUCCUCCAAGGUACACCUGAUCUCUUCCAGUACUGGAGCUCAGUGAUUAAUGAGAAGUUCCCUAAGUUGGCUCGGCUGGCACUUUGGCUGCUAGCAGUGCCCGCUGUGGGCAUACGUAGCGAGUGUGUCACUGUUUGUGAGCAGAGCCUGACUAUGAAGAGGAGGCAGCAGGUAACUGCUGAGGAAAUGAACAAACUUAUCUUCCUUCGGUCCAACAUGGGCUAGAAGAGUUACCCAACCAAUCCUAACCAAACCUUCACCUCCAACCAAUGACUCAAGACUAUUUAUAUACCGUAGGUUUAGACCAAGUGUAAACUUUAAUGUGUGUGGAUUCUGAGUAUUUGAUGCAGAUAUUUACAGGUUAAAUCACAAUGUGUGGGUUGCAGACAUCCAUAAACCAAGAAGGUUUAUUCAGUAUUGCACAUGAAGGUAAAAUGGUCAUACAGUACAAGUCAUAGGGGUGGAACUGUAAGUCUUUAAAAA